AUGGACCCCACGGAGUCGCAACAUUCGGGGGGGGGCAAGGACGUCGUUAUGCAGACUACCGAGUACCCGCUUUCCACAGAGGUCACUAUCGACCCUUUGUCGAUUGGUCAUCCAAGCGCCAACAAGUCCCAACUGGCGUUGCUUCUCUCUGCUUGGGACUCCUAUGAGCAACCGAUUGCUCAAAAGAGGGCGCACUCGACUACUCCUGCCAUAGGGGAAAAAAUUCGACAAAUUAUGCGGGCUAAGCUAGCGGUAGAUGUUCAAGAUGGGGAGGCUGUUAUGCAAGACUUCCCACACUGCAUCGGGUCAGCGGAUCUCAUGGCCCCAAGAGCGAACUGGCCGGAUCUCUGGCGUAAACAUGGGAAUGCUUGGCCGACUUCGGCUACGGACGCAUUUCCCCACAUGCACAGUAGCACAGACGAGUGA